UGCACUUUUCCUGCUGUUUGCACCUUCAGACUGAAAUAUUCUAUGUUUAGAAACAGUCCAUGGUUCUAAUUUCUCAUUAACAGAAGAUAAGUUGUUUUUUAUCAGACAGAUCUCAUUGAUUUCUUUCUUUAUUUCCUGAUAUAUUUUCCUGAGGCUUCUGUCUCAUUAGUUUUCAGUAGGAGCGACGGUCAUUGCUCAGGAGCCGGCCCUCCGCCGCGGUGCAUGCUGGGAGUCUGAGGCAGCAGCAGCAGCAGCAGCAGCAGCCGGCGGCUGACUCAACCUUCACUUCUGCUUCACUUCCAGCCGUCCGGUCCGGAGCAGCCGGCUCCUCCCGACAACCUGCGGACAGCACCGUGUUUACCCGAGUCAUGGACAUCAGCGGACCACGUCUCACGGUGUAGCCAGGAGGGUUCGUUGAUCGCCAGAGAACCAUGGAGCCAGACGUGAUCCGCAUGUACUCCUCGUCCCCGCCGCCGAUGGAGGACGGCGCGGAGGAAGAGGACGACGAGUUCGGAGACUUCGGCACCUUCUCCAGCGUCCCCAACAGCGUCAGCUUCACGGAGUUCGACACCCCGACCACUUUUAACCAGACCCAGGCUCUGACCGCCACCUCCCCGCCCGAGCUCAUCAACAGCAGAGGGGUGGUGGGGUUCAGCCACGGCUCCUCUAACGGCACCGAGCCGUCCAAGGCGAACGGCAUGGUGGGCAGCGGUCCCUCAGAAAGAACUGAGAUGAAAAAAGUCCUCUCCAGCUCUCUGGAUUUCUCUGCUGACUGCAACGGCAGAGGCACCGAGGUGCUAACCAACGGGUUCGCGACCUUUGACCUUCAGGGAAGCCCCUCCUCGCAGAAUUCUGUCCACUCUCAUAUAAAAGGAACGUCCACCGAGGACACAGGCGGCGUCCCCGUCUGCAGCCCAGAGGACAAUUUCGCAGACUUUGCCGCUUUUUCCAACGCUGAAGGACUCGUCAGCCAGACGGCAGACCAGGACUCGGACAGUCCCAUGGAGGGCGGCUGGCCGGCGGAGGCCGCCUGCCGCGACGAGCACUGUACUGUAGAGCAGGGAACCACUUCAGAGGACGCUGUCAGGGACACAAACAGAACUGGACCUGGCACGCCCGGUUCUGAUUCCAUAUCUGUUCCCGGCGAGGCCCCGGGCGGCUCGUGCAACACGGACCGGGGCCCCGACUCUCAACAAAGGGACGCAGCCUCAGAGGCAGUUUGCACUAACAGACCUCUCGCUCUGAACGGGGUGGACGUAGCCAACAGGGACGAAUCCAAAGACGCCGCGGCCUGCAGUGAAAACGACCUCUCGCCUGAUGCCACCGCCGACAGUGAGGCAGGACAUUCGGACGAGACGGAGACGGAGACGUCGCUGGGCCGGCCGCUGUCCACGGACGCUCUGGAGGAGUAUGGUGACAUGAGCACCACGGGCUCGGUGCCCUCUCCGCCACUCCAGGGCGACGUCGCCACGCCCGCCGACCACAGCCAGCUGGCAGAGGAUGACGAGGACUUUGGGGACUUUGGGGAUGCCGGCUCAUUCGGCGGUCAGGGCUUCGCCGACUUUGCCGAGGUGCAGCAGGAGCAGAGCAGGUCGCAAAGCUCCGCCCCUGCACAGGAAGCUCCACACGCCGAGGAGGACGACGACUUCGGCGACUUCAACUCCCCCAAAUUUCACAGCGGGGGGAACGAGGGGCAGGACGGGGGAAAGUUCGCAGACUUCCCCGUCAGCGACAGUUUCGGGAACUUCAGCUCGGCUGUGGACGGCGCAGACGGUGAGGCGGACGCAGGGUGGAGCGCCUUUGGGGAGCAGCAGCAGCAGGUGGAGGAGGAAGCAGCGGAGUCCUGGGCGGCGUUCAGCACGGAGCAGAGCAUCGCUCCUCCAGCAGACAGCAGAGAGGAGGAGCAGCAGCAGGAGGUGGAGGAGCAGCAGGAGGAGGAGGAGUGGCACAGAGGUGAAGCUCCUGCAGUCAGAGAGGAGAGCAGCAGGACGGACAGACAGUCGGCGUCGCUGUCGAGCCGUCUGGAGAAGCUGUUUCAGAGCAGCUUCCCUCAGACCGCCGCCCCCCCUGUGGAGGACGAGGUGCUGUCUCUGAAGAUCCUGCUGGAGCCUCCGGAGGACGGACCACAGCCGGAGGCCGAGGAGGAGACGCGGUCGCCGUGCAGCAGGUCUGUGGGUGGUGGUGUGUGGAUGCAGCUUCAGGACAUCCACGAGGCUCUGGGCCUCAGGUACCAGUGGGGGGGCUCCCACUGCAACAAAGCACUGCUCUGCUGCCUGGGCAUCGACACCAGGAACAUUCUGUUCACAGGACAGAAGAAGCAGCCGGUCAUCGUGCCUAUGUACGCCGCCAGCCUGGGGAUGCUGGAACCAACCAAAGAGCCAGUGAAGCCUGUCUCAGCAGCAGAGAUGAUCGCCUCCAUCGCUCAGGCGCCUCCAGUGGCUCCAGAGAAAAGCUCCUGUCCGUCAGACACAGUCCAGGAGGCGCUCCCACCCGUCCAGUUCGACUGGAGCAGCAGUGGCCUUACCAACCCUCUGGACGCGAGCGGAGGCUCGUCUCUCUUAAACCUGGAUUUCUUUGGUCCUGUGGAGGAUUCAGGCUCCACCAGCUCUCCAUCCAUCCCAGGUGUGGACCCUGAGCUGUACGAGCUGACCACGGCCAAGCUGGACCCCGGCAGCUCCGGCAGCCGGGUGGCCGACGCCUUCGCCCGCCUCAUGUCCACCAUGGAGAAGACCAGCACCUCCACCAGGAAGCCGAGGAAAGACGAGAACCUGAGCGAGGAGGCGGCCAAGGUGAUCGCAGCUCUGCCCGACCUCUCCUUCAUGCAGGCCAAGGUGCUGAUGUUUCCCGCCACGCUGACGCCGCUCGGCUCCCAGGCCACGUCGGACUGAAGCCCCCUGGCCCCGCCCACUGCGCUCAUUUGGCCACGCCCACCGGCUCAGUCCAUUUUAUCAAGUCUUUUUGUUGUGGCUGCAGCGUAGUUCCUCCCUCUCCUUCUUUUUUACCUUUUUAUUUGUUUAGUUUUUUCCACGUAAAGCGAAGCAUUUAUCAUCAGGGGAACAGCUCAGCCUGCACAGCUAACAGAUCUGUUCCUUUAUAGAGCCGAUCGUUUCUAGAGGAGGCUGUAGACGCGUGUGCUGUUCAUAUCUAGAAGAAUCAUGGUGUAUAUAAUCAGGGAUUCUGUGUUCCUUUGUUUUUUAGAUUGUGGAGGAUGAUCUGACGUCUCUGUGGUGGGAGUGUGUUCAUGUCUGUGAAGGAAACUCUGGCUGAAGCUCUUUGAAUCAAACUGAAGUGGAAUAUAUAUAUAUAUACAUAUAUAUAUAUAUAUAUAUAUAUAUAUAUAUAUGACCAGUAUAAAUUAAUACAUUUAUAAACAUAUAUAAAUCUCUCUCUAUAUAUAAAUCUAUAUUUAUCGACUUGAAACCACACUGCCUGCAAAAUCCAGCUGAAUGUGUCGUCCCCUCGUCGUGUUGAAAGGCCUUAGUUUUACCUUCACUCAUAGAUUUUAAUCUGCUUUUCUUUAACCCACAUGUUGUCUCUGUCGUUUAAAGGAGCUUUUUAACAUAAAUUAACCCCCCCCCCCCCGUCUCCUUUUUAUUCUUUAUUAUAGGAAACUUCCACCGACCAAACGCCGCUAAACCUGCUCAGACGAGUCGACGUGUCUCGGUUUUUAGUUUUUCUUGUGUGGAUAAAAACAGGUUCCCUCCUUGUUUGUGUCUCCACUCUCUAACUGUCUGUUUGUUUGUUUGUUUGUUUGUUUGUUUGUUUGUUUGUUUGUUUGUGGUAAAAAUGGGACUUUUGAUUUAAACCACUGAAACUCUGACAGUUUCUCAGCAGUGAAGGUCGACUCACAUCAGAAGGGAAUUAAGGGACCAAUUUGUGCACCGUGUUGGGUUCUGUUCCUAUGAAGUGCUUUCUGUUGCCGCUCUUUUUCUCUCAUGGUUUUUGUUUGAUUUUUUUGUCAUACUACUGUCAGCCCCGUCUCCCAGGAGGAUUUUGCACAUUGUAAAGAUGAAAUGGAUGUAAUCAUAGUUCACUGUGGCUUUAGACUGUGUACAGUUAAACUAUGGACUGUAAAAUGUACGGGAAAAUUCCUAUGGAAAAAAACUGAAUCACUUGAAGAGCCUGUCAAAAGGUUAUCGUGCAUGCCCAGGUUCUUUUGAGACUAUAAGUGUGUAAAUUUUACUUUUAGUGUACACAAGAAAUUAAAAUAAUUUAAGAGAAAAACUGA